CCUGCUCACACACGUUUCGUCUCGCAGCGCCGCGUCAUCUCCCACCGCCUCUCCCCACGGAACGGAAGCCAUUAAAACCCCUCGCCGUCAUCCACCUCCUCCCCUCCCCGAGAAAUCAAGAAUCCCAAGCCGUCCCUUCCGAUCCCAUCCGCCGCGCCCUCCGGAUCAAAGCUCGGAGCUGCUUCUCCCCCUGAUUCGCUCCAAUUCCGCCGGCUCCACCUCCCCAAUCAUCAGUUCCCCGGUCCGGGCUCCGGAGGCCGCCGUUGCACGCGCGCUCGAAUUGAGCAGAAGAGCAGGAGUGCAGUAGCCCUCGCCGCCUCGCGGAACGCGCGCGCUGUUGAUUUAUGUCGCCUGCCCUGCCGCAGCUCCAUGGUUCUGAGCUCCCGUCGCCACCAGACUCCGCUUGCCCCCUUCUCAUCCAGCCUUGGCUGAGGGGCGCCAGACAGUGCGGGUAUUCCAGGGUAUCCAGGUUUGGUAUGAAGUACUCUGGGUUCCUGCAUGUAGACCCUUGCCUUUUAUUUUCUUAUACGUGAGGCAGUACAAGUUGAAGAAUCCCCCAAAUCACAAUCAAUCUUGGUUUGGUUUGGGUGGGUUGAAUUUGGCACCCCUCCUCAAUUCAAACAGUCAUCCUGAAUUUCAAAUUCUGAAACUUCUUCGGUGAAGAAAAAUAAUCUCCCUUUGUCCAGUUUGGAUCAGAAGUUAAGAGACAAUCCUCUUUCUAAUUUGGUAGAUUGGGUACUGCAGUUGUAGACACGUCUUCCUCGAUUGUUGUUGCUUGGGAUCUGGAUGUUGCGCUCCACAAAGAUGCCCCCUAUGCGGAAGGUCCGCAUUUUAUGCUCUGAUCCUGAUGCAACCGACUCCUCCGGUGAUGAAGAUGAUCAAAACCCAAAGACAGAAAAGAAAAUUAUAGGUGUGGUGCUAGUUCCAGUAAAGAAUUGUAAAACCUCAAAACCUCAAAAAACUAGCAUGCUAUCUGGAAUGAAGGAUCUGGAUAGUCCUGAGAGGAAGGUAUCAUCGAGCAGGUACCGUGGUGUGCGACUGCGGGAGUCGGGUCGGUGGCAAGCAGAAAUUCGCAAUCCUUUAACAAAGAAACGGGAGUAUAGUUUGCAUGACACUGAAGAGGAGGCUGCUGCAGCAUAUCAAUCAAAAUGGAACCAGUUCCGUGCAGCAAUGCUGGCCAGGAAAGCUCAGCCGCCUCUGCCAGAACAUGCAGCCUUGUCCAGCUUGUCCUUGGUUUCCUGUGUUUCUUCAUCUGUAUCAUGCAAGCGGAAGGCACAAGAAGCUCAGAACAGAGAAGGAUCAUUAAUGGAUGUACACUGUGAUCCUAUAGAUGAAAGCUUACGGAAUUUCUCCCUCAAAUCUAUGGAGAUUCCAGAAAACGUCAUGCUAUACCUGAAAGAUGAGAAUCCUAUCAGUGACUCUUUCAGGCCAACUGAUGAAUUGCCACCCGAUGAUUUCACCAAACCAGAGGAUAUGUUCAGAGCCAGUGAUUUUAUUGGCGCUACAUACAAACCUCUGGAUGAUGAUGACUAUAUUGGCCUGGCUGACAUUAGCCACCUGCCACUUCCAAUCAAUGACCCAGAGUUCGAUCUGGAUGCAGAGCUUGAUUGGAGUGGAUUCGACUUCACUUCAAUGGAGCAUGAACUGAAGUUACUGUGAGGUUGCAUCAAAGAUAAUUUCUAAAGAACUCUGGGUCUUGGUGAAAUCAUCGCACAUUGAUGGGUACUUCUAUUCAGCGCAAUCAUGCUCUUGAUGGUGUGUAUUGUGCAGGAAUCUGCUCUGAGUUGUCUGCAACUCUGAAUGCUGCAGUGGUUCAGAUUUCAGCCUGAUCACAAAUUAAUGGGUGCAUAUUGAUGGGAUCUAUAAACAAAGUAGAUCUCCAAAUUUUGUCGGAAACUGUACAGUUCAUAGAGUAACUUGUAUGAGAGUCUAGUGCACAAUAAGUUUUCAGCAGUAUGUACAUAUUCUAAUUUCAGAGCUGAUACUGCAGCAUCUGUGCAUGUCUACAUUCUUUUGAUAAUCGUUUAUCCAUUCUUUUUUACUUUGUUUUGAGUCUUCUUCUGAACUAGAACUGCUGAAAUUUGGAUUUCAAAAAAGGUUUGUAUAUUGGCAUUA